CUCUCUAUUUAUUUUACCCAUCAUCCCUCAUAGUCAGGAGCAGCCAAGUCCCUCCUCUCACAGGAAGAAACCUGCACCAAACUUCCAGCAACUCUGGUGGACAAACUUCCUGCUUCUAUAAACUAACCAGUGAAGCAACAGCAAGCAUGACGACUCUCCUUCGCAGACUGUCAGGGCCCAGGUGUUCAUCCAGGCGCUGGCUGGGUGUGAUUCUGCUUGACACGCACGGCCGAACUUCCCGUCUGAUUCCCCGAGACGGAGCGCGACUGCUGGCCGGUGGCGGUCGCUCUCUGACGGUGUACAGUCGCACACACAGCCGCGGGCAGCACACGGAGGCGGCAGAGCCUGUAGAGGUGGAUUUAAAGCGGCUAGAGGGGGAAGACGAUGGGAUAGUGGAGGUGUUGAUGUGCCGACUCAAAGCAAGAAACGCUCUGGGCCAUGUGUUUGUGUCACAGAUGAGGGAGCUGGUGUCCACUCUGUCCAGUGACUCAGCAGUUCGCGUGGUUGUCUUCAGGAGUUUAGUGCCAGGUGUUUUCUGUGCAGGUGCAGACCUGAAAGAGAGAGCUCUGAUGAACAACACUGAGUCUGAUCUGUUUGUUCAUGGCCUGCGAUCCCUCAUGACUCAGAUAGCAUCGUUGCCCAUGCCGACCAUUGCAGCGAUGGACGGUGUUGCCCUGGGAGGCGGGCUGGAGUUGGCCUUGGCCUGUGACCUCCGCACUGCUGCAUAUUCUGCACAGAUGGGUCUGAUUGAGACGUCACGGGGGCUGCUCCCAGGGGCUGGAGGCAGUCAGCGGCUGCCGCGGAUGGUCGGCAUCACUCUGGCCAAAGAGCUCAUCUUCACAGGUAAGCGUGUGGGAGGGCAGACAGCUCUGGAGAUGGGGCUUGUAAACAGAGCUGUAGAACAGAUCCAGACAGGAGACGCUGGCUACAGAGAAGCACUCAGCCUGGCCAGAGAGAUACUGCCCCAGGCUCCUGUCGCUGUGCGGAUGGCAAAAGAGGCAAUUAACAGAGGUGUUGAGGUUGACAUUAGUUCAGCAAUGGCAAUAGAGAGGAUGUGUUAUGCUCGGGUCAUCCCGACGCGGGACAGACAGGAAGGUAUGGCUGCCUUCAGAGAGAAGAGACCCCCGCAGUACACUGGGGAAUAAAGUCUUUUGAGCUAUUGAAUUUCUUCUUUCACACAGACGCACACUGCUCUCUGUAACCUCAUGUCUGAUAGACAAUGAACUCCCAUCGAUUGCGUGCGUGCAUCCCAGCCAGUGUCAAUACAUUAGUUAAGGUCAGCGUGAGUUCUCAAUGGUGACUGUUUGCUUUUGUGACACUCAGGAUGAGACUGACAAAAGGUGAUUUUCAUUUGAUCUAAACACAACAGUGUAAUGUGACAAAAAUCGUAAGAUUUAUACUGUUUAUUCACACAGUCCAUACUUCAUGGGUGAUGUGAAGCCCGUCUUUGAAAUAAAAAGGCAAAACAAAUGUCAUCUCCA